AGGAGUUAAUGCGCGUGCGCGUAGACAGUUUGUGCUCGGGCUCGCCUUUGGCAGCAGUUUGAGGAGAACCCAACCGGACCGGAUUGGGGAAAAUAGCAGUCCGAUCCCGACCAACUCACAAGGGGGCAAUCCGCCAUGGGUUGGGGAACGGAGCUUUGGGACCAGUUCGAUAAUCUGGACAAGCACACUCAAUGGGGGAUCGACUUCCUGGAGCGUUACGCCAAGUUUGUCAAGGAACGGUUGGAAAUUGAGCAAAAUUAUGCGAAGCAGCUGAGGAACUUGGUCAAGAAAUAUUGGCCAAAGCGCUCCAAAGAUGAGGAACCCAGGUUCACGUCGUGUCUGUCCUUUUACGACAUCCUGAACGAGCUGAAUGACUACGCGGGCCAGAGGGAGGUGGUGGCCGAGGAGAUGGGCCACAAGGUCUACGGAACGCUCAUUAGAUACAGCCAGGACCUGAAAACCGAGAGAAAACUGCAUCUGCAGGAGGGCAGGAAGGCCCAGCAGUAUUUGGAUCACUGCUGGAAACAGAUGGACAACAGUAAGAAGAAGUUUGAAAGAGAAUGCAAGGAAGCAGAGAAAUCCCAAAUAAAUUUUGAGAGAUUAGACAACGACAUCAAUGCCACAAAAUCCGAAGUUGAGAAGGCCAAAGCGCAAUAUAACCUGCGCACUCACACGGUCGACGAGAGCAAAAACGAGUACGCUGCCCAACUGCAGAACUUCAACGCCGAGCAGUGGAAACAUUUCAACAAUGCCAUCCCACACAUCUUCAAGAAUCUGCAAGCGAUGGAUGAGCGGCGAACGGUGAAGCUCGGCGAGACGUACCGAACCUUUGCAGAAGCGGAACGAAGAGUCAUUCCCAUCAUCUCCAAGUGCUUAGAAGGAAUGGUUACGGCAGCCAAAGCUGUUGAUGAGCGAAGGGAUUCCGGCAUCGUCGUGGAGUCCUUCAAGUCUGGUUUUGAGCCUCCGGGCGACUUCCCCUUUGAAGACUACAGUCAGAAUCUCAGUCGAACCGGCUCCGAGGGGGCCAUCAGCAGCAACACGCCCAAAGGAGAGCGAGACGGCGCCCCCGGGCCGCGACCGGACCCAAAACACUCAAUCAGCAAAGCCAAGAACAAACUCUGGCUCUUUGGGAAGAAACCAAAGUCCCCUUCUUCCUCCCCCCCUCCACCUCCUUUGUCCUCCUCCUGGCCACGGCCGAGCUCGCAAUUGACUCCCAAUCGGUUCAGUGCUGAACGAGUGAACCAGUAUCUGUCCGACAUAAAGACCACAGUCCCCAGAAUCCCCCAGAACUUGAAGGGUCUCAGAAGAGGGGCUCCAUCGGUGGAGGACUUCAGCCACUUGCCCCCCGAGCAGAGGAGGAAGCGCUUGCAGCAGAAAAUUGAUGAGCUCAACAACAAGCUCCAAAUUGAGAUGGAUCAGAGGGACGCCCUGAACAAAAUGAAAGACGUGUAUGAGAAAACUCCACCAAUGGGCGACCCCAACAGCUUGCAGCCCAAAAUAUCCGAGACCAUAUUCAACAUGGAAAAGCUCCGCUCGGAAAUUCACAAACAUGAGGCUUGGUUGGCCGAGGUGGAGGCCAAGCAGGCCUCCAAGGACAGGAGACAUAGCGCCGACAACCACCAUCCCACCCCCCAAGGCAGAGAGAGCCCUGAAGGCAGUUACACGGAAGACGCCGCCCAGGAGCAGCACGCGCCCCAUCAACGCUCCGGUCCCGUGCAGCCCAGCGGCGACCCGCACGAGUUUGACGACGAAUUUGAUGACGACGACCCGCUGCCCGUCAUCGGACACUGCAAAGCUUUGUACUCUUUUGACGGUCAGAAUGAGGGAACCCUGGUAAUGGCUGAAGAUGAGGUUUUGUACAUCAUCGAGGAAGACAAAGGCGACGGAUGGACACGGGCGAGGAAGCAGAGCGGGCAAGAGGGCUACGUACCCACCACCUAUGUGGAAAUCACCAUGGAGAAGAACUGCAAAGGUGCCGUCACCUACAUCUGAAGCUUCGCCUCUCCUCUGUCCUGUGAACCCUCAAAACCCUUUUCCAUUCUUUCAUCACCGACAAGAACCAAGAACCAAGACGCAAAGCGUGUCUCCAUCUGCACGUUUUGGCUUCCCUCUCAUCCACUGUCCGUCUCUUCCACUAACUGUUUAAUCAUCCCCCCCCCCCUUGUAGCCGAUGCUGCAGUGGUGAGUGUGUGUUUGUGUGUGAAAGACAUUUUUACAGCAUGUGCACGUGAGAAACUCUUUAUUGCUUCUUAUUGAUCAAAGUGCUCCAUCUUGUUGAUGUUUUGUAAAUAGCUAUUUUAUUGAUUUUGGUGCUUUUUAUUGAUUUAAAAGUUUUUGCUUGAUCUGUGCCAUCAGAGCAGAUUUUCCUUUCACUCACGGUCACGUCUUUAUUUGAUAUUGGACAAAUUAAUUUAGCUUCGAGUGUUUCUGCAUAAGUGACACUGAUGUUUUGAUAUUCUAUAUUUUCAGAAAAACCCUUUUGAGCAAAACCAACAAAUUAGUCAUUCCCUUUGCUUUCUGUCCUGCCCAACUUGUCAUUUCCUUGUUCCACUGAACGUGACGGCAGAAGGUCUCAAAUAUGUCGAAUAAAUUUGAUUUAUAUAGCCACAUGGCUGCACGUUAAGGAAAGCAAAGUCAAACUUUGGUCAUUCGACAUCCAUGCCAAAGGUUCCCUUUUUCCUGUGACGUUGCGCCUUAUUAACAAAUUCUCUCCUGUGUAUGACUGUGCAGGUUCCUGAGGGCCGCGGGGUGGCCAGGUGGUUGAUUGGCUGGUGGAGGGCUCUCGCCGAUGCCUGAUUUUUGGUGGUGGGGGUGAAAGCGAGAAUGGGAAAGAGAAGGGCAAGUUUGCAUGUCGGCAUGCUCUCACAUCCUUAACGGCCGUGGCAUUUUCGCCUCUUAACUAAACGACAGGGGAGAACCCAAAUGGCAGUAAGCGGGAAUUAAAUUCCUUAAAAAUGAUGCAGGCCGCUGCAUUUGGGGGAGCUCUACUUUAAUUGGCCAGUAGAGGGCGACCGUCAUGUUCCCCUCUCAGCAGUAAAGCUCCAAAGCAAAGAUGCUCCCAUUUUCCAGUCUCCAAAAUUCCAGUCAGUCGAAAGGACCCUUUACUAAUUUUCAGGCUCAUAACACAGCAGGUGUCGACCUCACGCCACAAUCACCCGUCGCUGUUUUAAACUCAUUCAAAUGACUUGCUUGUAGACUUUUAUUUUUAUUUAAAUUGUGUUCGCUAGUGCCGAUUUCCCCCAUUCUGGAAAUGAGGAAAAUAAGAUUAAUAUAUGGCAGGCUUCUUAAAAAUGACUACAAAGCCCCUAAAGAGACAUGAAGAAAGUCAAAUAAUAAAUGUCGCGUCCCAUAAAGCACAUGUUGACUUUUCUUUUCAUGUCUCUUUUGGGGUUGCAUAGCUUUGCGAAUAUGAUGUCUGCCACUAACGUCGAGCGCCGCAACGUUUUCACCUCAUCCCUUUGCUCAUGACAUCUGUGCUCGGUUGGUGAUGCCUGCCCCCCCGCCCGCCGGCCCGCCUGUGCCACUCUGCUCCUCAUGCCUGUUCUGACACGUCAUCCACAUCACGUUGCAUGUCCCUAACGCGUCUUCAAUGUCUCCCAUACGUGUGCUCAUAUCUGCUCAUGUGGUCUGAGCGAGUAUUUCUCAUCAUUACUUGUCUUUCUUCAUGCGCAUCACCCAAACAGCAAUCAGGCAGAGAGCAGGGCUAUCUUGCAUCCUCUCCACCGCCCUCGUUUUUUUCUCUUCUCCGGCAUGGCGACUUGACAUUCUAACUGUCUGGUGACAGACUUUGCCGGGGCAACUCAAGCAGGACUGCUCCUUGUUGAAGAAGAGCCAGAAAAAGAGCUUUCCUCCUUCUCAGGCGUCUCCCAUCGGCCCAAUAUUGCCGCAUCAUCGUUUCUAUUUUCCAAUGUGGUGACACAGGGACCACUGAUGUGUAGUACACACAUUUCUUUAUGGAUGCAAUGUUUGUUUGUUUUUUAAGACGACCAGCUAAGUGUGGUGUGCGUGUUCACGUGGCACAUGACGUGCGGCGGCAGUUUUAUUUGAAUGACUUGUACAUAUGAACAUCUUUUGAUGUCCUGUUUGAAUGUCUUUCUGUGGUGAUUGUGUUUCCGUUCGUUUGACUGACUCAGUGAUUGAUUGAUUGACACUCUUCGGAAGACAUUAAGGUUUGAAAUUGAACCGAUGCACUUUGCCCCGAAGUACCACAGCAUUUGGAUUUGAUCGAAUGAAUGAAUGACUGGUUAAACGUGCUAGAUGAGCACAUUGUGUCGAAAUGCAGAACAAAAAGCUCUGGUGUUUUUUUUUUUUUUUUUAGCUCCUUUGGUAUUCCUGCUCUUUUUGUAACAAGUGUUGUAAGAAGCUUUUGCAUGAUUUUCCUUCAUCUUUUGGAUCAAUUCCUCGCUGUUGUUUCAAAUCGUCACUGUUGUUUUCGUACCCGCCAAGUGUGCGGGUUUAGUCGACUCAUUAACAACUUUUACCGUUUUAGGACAAACUAACAGUGUUGGUAAUCAUCAGAUGUGACCACGCACGCCUUCAUUUUUUGUUUUCUCUUUUUAUUUAUGAAGCUGUGAAAUGUGCAAAAUGAUGCUGUUGAUGCGACUUCAAACAUUCCUCUGCCCUGUUGAUUAUGUUGCCACACCUUUCCAAGACUGUUGAGUUUUAUAGUUUCUUGCCGUGCCCCCUAAUUGAAUUGAAGCCGCAAUGCAGAUGAAGCCAUAACGAAGCCCCUCCCAGUCUGGUAGCACACACAUCUGCCAAAAUUCAGACUCCCAGUGUGCUAUUUACACUUAAGACAACUGUCCCUGUUCAUUUUGCCUACGACUCAACAAUUGUCGAUUGAUAGUGCAAAUUGCUCUUCUGGUUUCUAAUAACAAUCGUCAUUGCUUCAUUUAUUCCUUGUUCAUGUAUUUGUUUAUUCUGUAUAACACUGAACGUUAAUUGCCUUUCAGUCUUCCACUCAUUUUGAUGUACAAGCUCUGUUAAAAAAAUAAUAAUCCAAAGAGACUCACUUCAUAUCACUUUUAAUGUAGCUGUUAACUAGUGAUAAGUUAGGGAAGCUCAGUAAUUAUCCUUUCAAUAUUUUUGAUUAAAAAUAAUUGUCAUGAAAAAUUUGCACUCACAAAUUGUGUGAUUGUUUUUUUUAAUAUAUAUCAACCGUCCCUGUUGUAAAUUGAGUACUGUAUAUGCUUUAAAUUCUCUUCCAUUUUAACCUCAAUUAAAUCAAAAAUGCAUUUAUUU